UUCGAGCACGUGAGCAUGCUGGUCAUCCUCUUGAACUGCGUGACCCUCGGCAUGUUCCAGCCUUGCGAGGACAUCAAGUGUCAGUCUGACUGGUGCACCAUCUUGCAGGCAUUUGACGACUUCAUUUUUGCCUUUUUUGCCGUGGAGAUGGUCAUCAAGAUGAUGGCUCUCGGGAUUUUUGGGCAGAAGUGUUACCUGGGCGACACGUGGAAUCGUUUGGACUUCUUCAUUGUCAUGGCGGGGAUGAUGGAGUACUCUUUGGAUGGCCACAACGUCAGCCUCUCCGCCAUUCGCACUGUGCGCGUGCUCAGACCCCUCCGAGCCAUCAACAGAGUUCCCAGUAUGAGAAUACUGGUGACUCUGCUCCUAGAUACAUUGCCUAUGUUAGGCAACGUCCUCCUCCUUUGUUUUUUUGUGUUCUUUAUAUUUGGGAUUGUCGGCGUGCAACUGUGGGCCGGCUUGCUGAGGAACAGGUGUUUCCUAGAAGACAGUUUGAAAUCGACAUAUAAUUUGUCCUUCCUGAGCCCUUACUACAAGCCUGAGGAAACGGAGGACACACCAUUCAUCUGCUCCUCACACAGGGAGAAUGGCAUGCUGCGUUGCCGCGAUGUGCCCCAGCUGAAGGAGGGCAGCCUCGAGUGCCGGCUCAGCGUGGACUUUGCCAGCUUGACUCACUACGGUCCAGAAGGGGCCAGCAAGAACGGCUGCAUCAACUGGAACCAAUAUUACAAUGUAUGCAGGGCCGGGGAGCUCAACCCGCACAAAGGGGCUAUUAACUUUGACAAUAUUGGCUACGCCUGGAUCGCUAUAUUCCAGGUGAUCACUUUGGAAGGAUGGGUGGACAUCAUGUAUUAUGUCAUGGAUGCACAUUCCUUUUACAAUUUUAUAUAUUUUAUAUUUCUCAUAAUAGUGGGGUCUUUCUUCAUGAUCAACCUUUGCUUGGUUGUGAUCGCAACCCAAUUUUCGGAGACCAAGCAGCGGGAGAACCAGCUGAUGCAGGAGCAGCGAGCGCGGUACCUCUCCAAUGACAGCACGCUGGCUAGUUUCUCAGAGCCCGGCAGCUGCUACGAGGAGCUACUCAAGUACAUCAGCCACCUGUAUCGCAAGGUGAAGCGUCGGGUGACGCGGGUCUACAGCAGCUGGCAAAACAAGCGCAGGAAGAAAGUAAACCCCAACAGUGCUGGCGGGGCUGGAGGUGGAGCGGGGACGGGGGCAGGCAGUGCGGGUGCGAAUGGCCAGGGCAGGCGAUGGAGUGAUAAGCGGCAUUUCCGCUCCAUCCACCACCAUCAUCACCACCAUCACCACCAUCACUACCACAUCAGCAAUGGCAGCCCCUCUGUCGGCCCAGAGAUCCGUGAAACUGGUGACAUGAUGGAAUUGAAGACCAUGGGACCUGAGCCCCAACUCAUCUUGACCUCCCCGCAGAGUCCUUGCUCUGGGGCAGAGUCAGUGCACAGUAUCUACCAUGCAGACUGUCACCUCAAAGGCCCUCAGGUCCACCACGUGCCGUCAGACCUAGUGGGGAAUGUCCAGUUGCUAGCCGGGCUCAAUGGGGGUAUGAACUACCCCACCAUCAUGCCCUCCAUCAUCUGCAACCGCACCAACACUGGUAGCAGGGCCAAGGACAAGAGGGCUGUCAGCCACACCCUGAGUCUCAACAAGGCCUCCAGGAACCUCAACAUCCCCGAUCCCUACGGCAUGCUGAACCAAUUAGUUGGGGGGCACGCAGGUGUGUGCCAGGGCACUAGCUGUCUCUCGGGUCUGAACCUGUCCUUCCAAACAGCAGGCACAGUACCGGCUCUCUUGCCCUGCGAGUUGACGAACUGCCCCUAUUGUGCCCGGGUCCUGGAGAACCCCGACACGGAGCUGAGUGACUCAGACAGCUUCUGCUCCCGGUCCGAAGCGGAUGCGUACGGCAUCACUCGUGACAUGCACUACGGCACUGAGGACAGGACAAUCCGGUCGCAGCGACACCUAAAGAGGCCCAAGGAAAAGAACUGUGUUGCUCGAGCCUGGGAGAACUUUCGAGACAAGCUGAAACGCAUUGUGGACAGCAAGUACUUCAAUCGUGGGAUUAUGAUUGCCAUUUUGAUCAACACUUUAAGCAUGGGCAUCGAGUAUCACGAGCAGCCCGAUGAGCUCACAGAUGUCCUGGAGAUCAGCAACAUUGUCUUCACCAGCAUGUUCGCUCUGGAGAUGCUGCUGAAGCUCCUUGCCUACGGUCUCUUCGGCUACAUCAAGAACCCCUACAACAUCUUCGACGGGAUCAUCGUCGUCAUCAGUGUGUGGGAGAUCAUCGGCCAGGCAGAUGGCGGCCUUUCGGUCCUGCGGACCUUCCGUCUGCUGCGCGUACUCAAGCUGGUGCGCUUCCUGCCCGCCCUCAGGAGGCAGUUGGUGGUGUUGAUGAAGACCAUGGAUAACGUGGCCACCUUCUGCAUGCUGCUCAUGCUCUUCAUCUUCAUCUUCAGUAUUCUGGGGAUGCACCUGUUCGGAUGCAAAUUCAGCCUGAGGAUGGAGAACGGGGACACCAUUCCAGACAGGAAGAAUUUUGACUCCUUGCUGUGGGCCAUUGUCACUGUCUUUCAAAUCCUGACACAGGAGGACUGGAACGUGGUGCUCUACAAUGGCAUGGCCUCCACGUCUCCUUGGGCUGCUCUCUACUUUGUGGCUCUGAUGACCUUCGGAAACUAUGUCCUCUUCAACCUGUUGGUGGCCAUUCUGGUGGAGGGUUUUCAAGCCGAGGGAGACGCAAAUAGGUCAGAAGCGGAGGACGACAAACUGUCAACAAAUUUUGAAGAGGAAGAGAAGAUCCGGGAGCUGCAGGCCGCAGAAAUGAAGAUGCACUCUUUGAUGAUCAUGCCAAACGGACACCUGGACCCCAGGGCUAGCAUGCCCAUCAUCAUGCGCACAGCGGCCACUCCUAUGCCCACACCCAAGCCCUCCCCCUACAUGGACUCGGUGCACACCUUCUGCGAGUCCCGCAGGGGCAGCAGUGCUUCCAUCGACCCCGCCGGCUAUGACCAGAAGUCCCUGUCCAGCCAGAGGAGCUCCCCCUGCCCCCCUUGGGGAACGGGAAGCAACUGGGGCAGUCGACGUUCCAGCUGGAACAGCCUGGGUCGUGCUCCCAGCCUGAAGAGGAAGGACCAGUCUGGGGAGCGCGAGUCCCUGCUCUCAGGCGAGGGCCACAGGAGUUCUGACGAUGACGACUCAGAUGAAGGUGCCUCCAGCAAGGCGGGCAGUGUGGCCUGCACAUCCCCGCACCGCCACACCGACUCUCUGGACCUGCCAGAGCUGCUGCAGGUGCCCACGCUACGCCACCCUGGCGAGCACCACGACUGCAAUGGCAAGAGCCUUCGUCUGCCGCCCGACUUUCUGCGCCCCGACCUGGGCAAAGAUGAGCCUGACUAUGAAGAAGAUGCGGAUGAGAGCAUCUGUUUCCAAAUCAAGAAGAUGCUGGAGCCCUACAAGCCUCAGUGGUGCAGAGAUCAUGAGGACUGGUCCCUAUACCUGUUUUCACCGCAGAAUGAAUUUCGCAUGACGUGUCAGAAGGUCAUCGCACACAAAAUGUUUGACCACGUGGUCCUGGUGUUCAUCUUCCUGAACUGCAUCACUAUUGCACUGGAGAGGCCCGACAUCCUCCCCCACAGCAUGGAGCGGGUCUUUCUCAGUGUCUCCAACUAUAUUUUCACUGUGAUCUUUGUUGCUGAAAUGACUGUGAAGGUAGUGGCCUUGGGCUUCUACGCAGGGAAGAACAGCUACCUGCAGAGCAGCUGGAAUGUGCUGGAUGGAGUGCUGGUCUUCGUCUCCAUUGUGGACAUCAUCGUCUCCCUGGCAUCAGCUGGAGGGAACCGGAUUUUGGGGAUCCUACGGGUGUUGCGUCUGCUGAGGACUCUGCGACCCUUGAGGGUGAUCAGCCGUGCACCGGGUCUCAAACUUGUGGUGGAGACACUGAUCACCUCCCUGCGGCCUAUUGGCAACAUCGUGCUGAUCUGCUGCGCUUUCUUCAUCGUCUUCGGCAUCCUGGGCGUGCAGCUUUUCAAAGGGAAGUUUUACCACUGUGAGGGAUUUGACACGAGGAACAUCACCAAUAAGUCAGAUUGUCUGCAGGCAAACUAUCGCUGGAUACGAAGGAAGUACAACUUUGACAACCUGGGACAGGCUCUCAUGUCUCUGUUUGUGCUGUCCUCCAAGGACGGCUGGGUCAACAUCAUGUACGAUGGCCUGGAUGCUGUGGGAGUGGAUCAGCAGCCAAUCCGCAACCACAACCCCUGGAUGCUGCUGUACUUCAUUUCCUUCCUGCUCAUCGUCAGCUUCUUUGUGCUCAACAUGUUCGUGGGCGUGGUGGUAGAGAACUUCCACAAGUGCCGGCAGCACCAGGAGGCGGAAGAGGCACGCCUUCGCGAGGAGAAGCGCCUGAAGCGGCUGGAGAAAAGGCGCAGGAAAGCCCAGCAGAGACCGUACUACGCGGACUACUCCCCCGCCCGCCUGUACAUACACACACUGUGCACCAACCACUACCUGGACCUCUUCAUCACCUGCAUCAUUUGCAUCAACGUCGUCACCAUGUCCAUGGAGCACUACAACCAGCCAAAGUACCUUGAAGAGGCCCUGAAGUACUGCAACUAUGUCUUCACCAUUGUCUUCGUCUUCGAGGCGCUCCUCAAGCUCGUCGCCUUUGGCUUUCGCAGAUUCUUCAAAGAGCGAUGGAACCAGUUGGAUCUGGCCAUUGUUCUGCUGUCCAUCAUGGGAAUUACGCUGGAGGAAAUCGAGAUCAACGCGUCGCUCCCCAUCAACCCAACCAUAAUCCGGAUCAUGAGGGUGCUGAGGAUAGCAAGAGUGCUGAAGCUGCUCAAGAUGGCCACAGGCAUGAGAGCCCUGCUGGAUACCGUGGUGCAGGCCCUCCCGCAGGUGGGGAAUCUGGGCCUGCUCUUCAUGCUCCUUUUCUUUAUCUAUGCUGCUCUGGGCGUGGAGUUGUUUGGCAAGCUGGAGUGCAAUGAUGAAAACCCAUGUGAGGGUCUGAGCAGACACGCCACAUUUGAGAACUUUGGGAUGGCCUUUCUCACCCUCUUCAGGGUGUCCACAGGAGACAACUGGAAUGGCAUCAUGAAGGACACCCUACGUGAGUGUCGAAGUGAGGACAAGCACUGCCUGAGCUACCUGCCGCUGAUCUCACCGCUCUACUUCGUCACCUUCGUGCUGAUCGCCCAGUUCGUGCUGGUCAACGUGGUGGUGGCCGUGCUCAUGAAGCACCUCGAGGAGAGCAACAAGGAGGCCAAGGAGGAUGCGGAGAUGGAUGCGGAGAUCGAGAUGGAGAUGACACGCCGCCUCAGCACGACAUCUGGCGGGAUGACCCUGGGGCCCGAGAGCAGGGCCAGCUAUGUGGGACCACUCCCAGACUCACCUGCACAGGACGAAGUGAUGCACUGUGGCGAGGAGAACCUGUUGUCGGUGAGGAAAGCGUGUGUGUCGAGAAUGCACUCGCUUCCCAACGACAGCUACAUGUUCCGCCCCGUGAGGUCGGCCAACGCCCCCUUUCCCCUCGCUGAAGUGGAGCCUUACGAAGGGAACCUGCAUCUAGGUUCGGUCUCUUCUGUAAAUUCCCAGCCUUGUGAAGGAAGCUCCCUGCUGCGUGUCCCUGGAGCCUUGGCUCACGGCAGGCCGACCUCUGUGUAUGACAACAGCAGCCUGCCCAGGAUAGCCCCGCCAUGGUUGAGCCCCUCGCCCAGUGUUAGCAGGCCCCUGCGCAGACAGGAGGCGAUCAAAGCCGACUCCAUCGAUGUGCAGAGCUGUGACUCAAAGGACAACCUGGAGCGGCAGUCCAGUGACAGCCUACAGCUCAGGGUGCCCAUGCCUGGCAGCUUCACGUUCCCCAGACCGGGAGCUUCUGGUCAAGGCUCACCUUUGCAGACCCCGCGCAGCCGCACAUCCAGCGUGCACACUCACCGCCAGGUGUACAGCCAGCGCAGCAUUCCCAGCAGGCCAAGCAGCCAGGGGAGCGGCCGCAGCAGCAGUCCCUCCAACUCCAUAUUCGAGUCAGCAGACCCAACGGACGAAGAGGUGCGCCACAUCAACAGCUCCGCCAAGGGCUGGGGAGGCGACCAGCUUGACCUUCGCAGCCACUCCCUGUCCCCGUACGCUUGUCCUGACGGCAAGGUCCCCGUGCCCCUGAAGAACUGCAGCAGCGCCGCGAACCUGCUGGCCUGUGGACUCCGAGAGAAGGAACUGAAAAAGUUCUACAGCGUGGACACCAAAGGCUUCCUGGCCAAGCCCUCGUGGGCCGAAGACACGCGGCGGCACUCCAUCGAGAUUUGCCCCUCGGUAGACGACAGCGGCUUGGACUUUGAAGCACCGAUGGAGGGACGCAGGAGGUCCUCCCUGCACGGCCAGACAGUGCCCCCCGAGUGCCUGACAGUCCACCGGAAAAAGAAGAUGAGCCCGCCCUGUAUCUCGGUGGAGCCACCCCUUGAGACAGAGCUCCUGACCCCGGCUGCAUCGCGUGGCAAAAUACCCGAAAGCAGCAUGCUGCUGAGGAGAAGGACGCCCUCCUUCGACUCCCCCCUGCAGCGUGACUCCCUAGAGUUGCCGGACCCCCAGCUCCUUGCAGAAACCAUCCCCAAAGCAGAGAGGCAACCUUCGUGCCGCAACGAGCACCUGUCCAUUCCACAGUUCUCUUUCGACCAGUCAGACAUUAGUUCCCUCAGCAGCAUGUCGGACAUCCUCUCCGACAGCGACCAGUCCACGCACUCCUCGUACUUCGACGCCAAAGUAGAGGGUCGGACGGAGACCGAACUCAGUAAGCUGGGCCAUCUCAAGAUUCCAGCAAGCGGGGAGCUGGAGAGCAGGAGCCAAACGUUGGCCAAAAUCCAGGAGUCCAGGAGCCCUCUGAGGAAGAGGGGAUUAAUCCGCAUGGCAAGCACAAGAGACGAAGACGUCGACGACUCCGCGGCAUAGCCGCGGUGUUGAGGGAUUGCAUGAGGGCGUCCAUCCAGCACACUGUCUCGUGCAUCGGUCAGAAAUGAUCGACGCUGGUGUGUGGUCAUGGGCCUCAGGGGCCAGGUUUACAACUUUGGAUAUGCAAUUUAAGUUUUUCUAAUGGAACCUGGGAUCUAACGCUCACAGCCCAAUCACAUUGAUUUGGGUUCAAACGUCUACUGUAUUUAAUAUUAUGGAUUUGUUUGUUUAACGAUCACUUUCUUAUUGGCACUGUAUUGUGCAAGGGCACAGUAUAGUAAGGUGCAUCAUUAGCUGAGGUAUGUACAUUUUAUGUAUAUCUUGUUGUGUAAAUAAUAGAGGAAAAUAAUGUAUCAGUGCAGAAAAUACGUAUUCAUACGCACAUAUUUUUAUAGAGCUCAGUAAUGUUUUGCACACAUCAAUUUGAAUUUCAAGUUGGUUGGUGUUUUGUUGUCCUCUUGUAAAUGUACAGGUUUUGUUUUA